ACAAACUUGCAUCGCAAGUACGUCCGAGCGGGUCGAUCCCUAAACAUACCACAAGGGAGCGCCCGUACGCCUUUCCCCAUUCAUGGCGUCAGCGGUCUCCCAGCAACAACAACUUUGCAAUUAUCCGCCAAAGUGCUUAGUCAAGCCAGCGCACACAACCUCAGCGCAACCGGAAAUCACUAAACAAAGAACGACAAACCAAAAGGGGGAAAAGUCGGUAAUGGUCGACGUGAGAAUGAUAGAAACAGAUAAAACAUGUUAUGCUGGGAGUUUAUUCAAUAGUUGUCGUACAAACCAUUACCAGCUUUUUAUUUGCGUCAGCUGAGCGUGUAUAUUUCAUUUAUUUUGGAAUGCACGUACCGGAAGCGAGGCUUAUAUAGUUAAGAUUUACUCCCCCCCGGGUCUGCUGAGCCUCUGCAUCCGACGCGAGGAAGCAUGGAGCGCCGCAGGACGCGUUGGCGACUGUCACCGAGGCGGCGGGGAAAAGUCUCACUUUGUGACGUGUUUCCAAAUUAGACUCAGCAUCCUGACACGGCGCGGAGGUUCCACUCGCUCCAACUCUUGACUUUUCACUCACUGUGCGUCUUCUGACGGCGUGACACAAACAUUUGUGUGGCGACUUGAACUGGACCUGCUUCUGAAAAGGACGGAGUGGGGAGUGACACCUUGGACCGGACUGGACAUGAAUCGGGGGUUCUUUGGGGCCGAAAUAUUACCUUUGUUUUGGGACAAUAAAGUAUUUGAAGAGCAGCCUUGACUGGCCCAAUGUUACGUGCCAAGUAAGAGUUCUCUGAGCCUGGCACGGAUCGGAACAGUUCGGGACAGUUCGGAACAGUUCGGAACCAUGGUGAAAUUUCACAACUCGGACCUAUGGAUAGCCUGGAUGCUCAUUUUCUGCAUGGAGGGUUCAUGGUUUUGCACACACACUGGAAAAGCGAGCGUACAAGCACUGGAUGUGAUGGUGUCCCAGAGCAGCAUCCAGGUCGCCCGAGGCCAAGCAGCCGUCCUGCCUUGCUCCUUCACCACCAGCGCUGCUCUCAACAACCUCAACAUCAUCUGGAUGGUGAUCCCACUGUCCAAUGCCAACCAGCCUGAACAGGUGAUUAUCUACCAGGGCGGCCAGGUGUUCAGCCUCGCCAACCACCUCAACGGUCGUGUGGGGUUUGUGUCCACCAUGCCAAGUACAAGUGCCUCCAUCUUCAUCAACAACACCCAGCUGUCAGACACAGGGACCUACCAGUGUCUGGUCAACAACCUCCCGGACAGAGGGGGGCGCAAUAUUGGUGUCAUCGGGUUGACUGUGCUAGUGCCCCCUUCGGUGCCGGCCUGUCGGAUCCAGGGAACGCUGGAUGUGGGCAGCGACAUCAUGUUGUUUUGCAACUCGGACGAAGGUAUUCCCACACCGUCCUACUCGUGGGAGAAGCUGGACGCGCUGCCCAAGCUGCCGCACAACGCCAUGCAAGACCAGAUGCAGGGCACUGUAACGCUGAGAAACAUCAGCAGCAGCACCUCAGGACUCUACCAGUGCACCUCCAGCAAUGUUAUAGGAAAGAGCACAUGCUUGAUCAAUCUGCAGGUUGUCGCACCCCAGCCUAAGGGUGUUGGUCUGAUAGCAGGAACAAUUGCUACCGGAGUGCUGGCCAUCAUCAUCUGCUCCAUGUUAGUGGUGGUCACCCUUUACUACUGGAAGAAUAAGAACAAGUAUGACGAGGAGGAGAUCCCCAAUGAAAUCAGGGAAGACGACCUCCCACCGAAGAGGUCGUCGUCAGUGAAGGCUUUCCACGCCGACGCCUCGUCUUCAGAGAACGACACCCUGACGUCCACCAACACCUACAACAGUCGCUACUGGCACAACCCCAAACCCAACUACGACACCAACUCCUACACGCGCUACAACGGGGACACGCGGCAGACCUUCUCCAACGCGGUCCACGGCGCACACGGACACAGACAGUCCCAGAACCCGGGACACGGCCACGGCUCGGCGGUCCCUCCCACGCCGGGCUCGGCCCCGCUGUCUCGCCACGCCCAGCCCGCGACGACGACGUCCUCCUUUGCCAACGGCAGCCACACGCUCCCGCCGCCCAAGACCCUGGUGGUCACCACAAACUCCGCCCCCUCCCCGCCCACCAUGGUGCGCAGCAACGGCUCCGUGAGCCUGAAGCCCGUGGUGACGCCCACGCACGGGCAGCAUACGCACUCCUACGCCGUGAGUCAGGCCACGCUGGAGCGGAUGGGGGCGGUGCCCGUCAUGGUGCCCGCCCAGAGCAGAGCAGGCUCGCUGGUCUGAGCUCCGCCUGGAAAACAGGACUUAAAAGAGUUUUUGUUGAAAUCCAGUGAAGAAAAUGAAAUUGAGUAUGGGCUGAACCAGCCUGCUGCCCUUUAUUUUACCACGACAACUGUGUCUUUCUCUACUCCUCCUUUUCUAUCUCACAACAAACUACAGUGCAGAGUUCAUAAAAUGCCAAUUUCUUGAUGGAAACCAUCAUCCGGGUUUAUUUGAAGGUGGAAGAUUUAAAUCACGCUUUUAUUGGAUUUUACUUUCUUUUUGGAACGAUUCAUUAGCGCAGUGAGCUGGAAAUCCUUCAUAAAUGCAUGUGUCCUGUGUUAUGCGAUAAGAAAUUCAUUAUUUCUGUCACAGGUGUUAUGUCUAAUGUAACAAAUGUCACAAAUAAUAGUGAUCCCGAUGAUGAUGCAUCGAUAAAGUGAAUGUUUGAUACGAGGGUUGAAAUGGCCUUAGAAGAGAAGAGAAUGAUGCAAUAUAAUAUACCUAAUUAUAAACAAAGACUUUAUUGUGUCUAUGCACUUUUUAGAGCAACUUAGACAGCCUGCCAUCUUCUAGAAAUCGUAUUAUUCUUGUCAUGUUUCUUCAUUUUUUGGGGUAAAAAAAAAAAAAUGGAGUUAGAGUGGUACCUCGGCUUUUGUUAGUCAAAAGGUUUGACUAAAAAAUUGAUUCAUUGCAGCGCAUACAGAAAACAAACACAGCAAAGCUUUCUUUUUUUGUGUACAAUACAAUUAGUAGGAUGAGAAUAAUAACAUUAAUACUAAUAAUGGUAGUCAUAUGUAUAAGCUGUAGGGGUUUAACGGUACACAAAAAUUUCGGUUCGGUACAUACCUCGGUUUAGAGGUCACGGUUCGGUUCAUUUUCGGUACAGUAAGAAAUCAACAAAAUAUACAUUUUUUGGUUAUUUAUUUACCAAAUUUGUAAACAAUGGCUUUAUCCUUUUAACAUUGGGAACACUAUAAUAAUUCUGCCCACGUUAAUCAACAUUAAACUGCCUCAAGUUGUUGCUCAGAUUAAAUAAAAUGACAAAACUUUUCUUCUACAUAUAACAAGUGCAACAUUAAACAGUUUCAAGUCAACUCAUCAUGCUUAAUUUAUUACAGCAUUUGGGAAGCCUGUAGUUGAUUUUUAUUAUAUAAAUGUUAUAUUUUUGUCAAUAUGUGAUAGCAGGAACCCUGCCAUUCAAAACUAGGCUGCUACAUUACUAAUGAUUAAUGUAACUACAGCUGAAAAAAUAGUACAAUAGCAAUAGGAGAGACUAUUCAUCCCUGAACACCAUGGAGUUCAAGUGAAAUAACAGACAGACAGGGCUUUGCUGCCCCAACACACACUCCCGCGCACACACACACACAAAAUGAGCUAACGUUACGCUAAAAGCUAAUUAGCCUUCACCUCAAGCUAUGACUGCAGCGAGCAAGUUUCUAGAACGUCAACGGGCUCAUAGCGAUGUAACUAAAACGUUGACUGAGAGGUGUUUAUUAUAAUUUGGGGAAAGUACGCAGCCUUAUGUUCACCUGCUAAACACCUUUCUGCUCGACGCUGAAGCAUUGACUACAUGCGCUCUGAAUACGCACUGCUGAUUGGCUGUUAUCGCUUCGUAUCAGAUGGUUGUGUGGGUGGGACAAUGCUGGGUGCUGACACAGAGGCAGAAGAAACAAAUCAGCUUGUUAAGACGUUAGCUUUGAAACUUGUUCGAUACACCCCGUACCCAACCGAAACCCCCGUACCGAAACGGUUCAAUACAAAUACACAUACCGUUACACCCCUAAUAAACUGAGAAGGUAAUAUACAUGAUAAUAAUAGUAGACUAAAAAAUAAACAAUACCUUUUAGACAUCCAACCCGUUUUCGAGAGAAUAAUUAAAGUUUUACCUGCAGAAAACAAUUAAAAACACAGAUAAAUGAUGAAUAAAAUAGUAACAUGUUUUCCUUUCAUUUAAGGAUGAAGACACACAGGCCCUUCUGUCUUAAAUUCAACGUUGUUUCUCACCUUCUUUAUCAAAGUGCUGGCAUUUUCAACUUUCUUUGGCCCCAAGGUGGCUUUUUUCGUACUUUGGGGCAGGAUCUGUUUGGGCACUCGAUUCUGAGGAAUGACAGAAAUGACUACUGCAGUUUAUUAUUUUUUUCUUUAAAAAAGACACAAAUUUAAAUAUAUAAUUAAUAUAACCGUCAAAGUAUAAUGAUUGAAUCAGAUUAAGAAGGUCUAAGACUACCUUUAUUCCCUACGAAAAAUACAAAAAAAUGUGUUCCGCCAGGAAGGAUGAGGUGAUAGAAGAAAGAUGAAAAUAUGAAUAUCCCUUUUUUGCAUAUCAUUGCAAAUAACUGUGGUGCGUUUAAGGACCCUUGUUUUAGGUUAGAAACAGGGGUGUCACUAGGUUUGAAAGACGGGGGGAGGUUCACUACUAAUAAUCAAUUCACUGACGACAAUAUUACGUGAAUUCGCUAAUCUCGACGUUACAUUCUGAAGUAAAUAUUGAAAUAUUUAUAAUCAUUUGAGUGAAUAAUGGUAGGUUAUAUGAUUAUUUAAAUUCCUACUCUGGCCACUUUAUAUUGAAAUUGUGUGUUUUUUGUAAGGAAACUGACUUUUUCCCCCCCAAAAUAAAACCAAUUUAUUUUGUUGUUUUUUUGGUAUAUUUUGUAGAUAUUUUAAUCGCAUCUUUAAAAAAAAAAUCUAAAACCUGAAUCAAAUUGUGUUUUAAACAUCUUGUUUCAAUCAAAUCCAUGCAAUGAUGGGUUUGUUUUAUUCCAUGUGAACGUACCAAGUGUGUGUGUAUUAGGUGCUGAUAUUGGGCUUAGGGUGGAUUGGGGGGCCCCCCUCAUGAGUCUUGGGGCCCAGAAUUUGAGUAUGAUACCCAAGAUGGUCUAAGAAGGUGAAAAUCCAUCCAUCGGUCCAUUUUCUACCGCUUAUUCCCCUUUGGGGUCGCGGGGGGCGCUGGUGCCCAUCUCAGCUACAAUCGAGCGGAAGGCGGCGUACACCCUGGACAAGUCCCCACCUCAUCGCCGGGCAGAUAGACAGACAACAUUCACACUGAAAGUGAAAAUGUUCAUUACAAAAAAACGAGGUACCACUUUACAUGCUUUUCAUUGGACAAUGAUGACUAAAUACCGCUUUUGAAAUGAAAAGACAUGGCAAAGUUGUGUUUAUUUUUUUAGACCACGCUCAUCCUUUUCUGAUUUAUGUCACAUCCGUGCUGCUGGUACGAGAAAAAAAAGUCUUAUUUGACAAAUGCUUUAUGAAAAGAGAAGUGUACAGUAGGGAAGGGAUUCAUAUGGCUCCAUUACUGGGUGGAUCUCGCGUGAGGGGAAGUGGGAGGGGGGGGGUUGAUAAUUUUGCAAUGCAGUCUGCUGAAAAUGACGGAAAGCGCCACCCUACAUCAAAGUUGGAAUUGCGCAUUUUAAGAUAUCUGGCGGCUAAAUUGGAUCGUGCAACCCCUGAUUUGUCACGUUUCAUGUUUCAGGUAAACAGGGCCAUGUUUAUCCCCUUCCUACUGUAUAUUUAAAUGGUGGUCCCCCCCCCCCCCCCCCCCCCCCCAUCCUGCGCAGGAAAACAUCCGCGGUUUUCUACUGUACAUAUUGCGACUUCGGCUCUAGACUAGAAUUAAAGGUAAAACGAAUUUAACUCAUCUAUGUUCUAACACCUAACCUGUUCACUGGUGAGCCGGAGCCUAUCCCAGCUGACUCUGGACAAGAGGCAGGGCACAUAUAGAAAACCAAAAACCAUUCACACUUUUAGACCACAGGGAGAACACAUUUUUUCACUUAUUUUUUUGCAUUAGAGGCAUAUAAACAUAAUAUUUGAAAUCAUUGAAGGGAUUGUAAUUGUAGAUGUUUUUUUGUUGUUGUUGCAGGUUUGCUUUUACAUUAUGUACGCUCAACAAAUAAACACAGGACCAGUCUAGAAGGUCAGACUUUUUUUUUUUUAUGCAUUAACACCAAUAUACUGUACUGAUCAUCAUUCUUGCUUAUGCAGCGGUUAUGUGUGUGUUCAAUCUGUGUGUUGAAGAAGUGCUGCGAAAAAUGCAAAGUCCUUCUGUCACCUUCUCGUGUUUAUUGUAAACUCAAGUCGAAUCGUGCCAUUCUGCAGACAAACGAGGUGAAAAACUUAACCGUCAACUUAACGUGUCAACUAGCCAUUAUAAUGUUGACAACCUGUGGACGGAAGUAUUGAGGCACAUCUUCAGAAUUAGAGCAGGGGUCACCAACUUUUUUGAAAGCAAGAGCUACUUCUUGGGUACUGAUUAAUGCGAAGGGCUACCAGUUUGAUACACACUUAAAAAAAUUGCCAGAAAUAGCCCAUUUGCUCAAUUUACCUUUAAUAAAUAAAUCCAUAUAUAUAUAUAUAUAUAUAUAUAUAUAUAUAUAUAUAUAUAUAUAUAUAUAUAUAUAUAUAUAUAUACAAAAAAUGUGUAUUUCUGUCUGUCAUUCCGUCGUACAUUUUUUUUUCCUUUUACGGAAGGUUUUUUGUAGAGAAUAAAUGAUGAAAAAAACGCUUAAUUGAACACUUUUAAAGAGGAUAAAACAGAAAAAAAAAGAAAAUUAAGUUUCGAAACAUAGUCUAUCUUCAAUUUCGACUCUUUAAGAUUCAAAAUUCAACCGAAAAAAAGAAGAGAAAAACUACCUAAUUCGAAUCUUUUUGAAAAAAAUUUAAAAAAUAAUUUAUAGAACAUCAUUAGUAAUUUUUCCUGAUUAAGAUUCAUUUGAGAAUUUUGAUGACAUGUUUUAAAUAGGUUAAAAUCCAAUCUGCAUUUUGUUAGAAUAUAUAACAAAUUGGACCAAGCUAUAUUUCUAAUAAAGACAAAAAUUUAAAAGAAAUUCAAAAGAUUUAAAUUUGAUUCUAAAGAUUUUUCUAGAUUUGCCAGAAUAUUUAUUUUAUUUUAUUUUAAUCAUAAGUUUAAACAAAUAUUUCACAAAUAUUCUUCGUCUAAAAAACAGAAGCUAAAAUGAAGAAUUAAAAUAAAAUGUAUUUAUUAUUUUUUACAAAAAAAAAAAAAAAAAAUUACUUGAACAUUGAUUUAGAUUGUCAGGAAAGAAGAGGAAGCAAUUUAAAAGGUAAACAGGUUUAAAAAUCAUAAAAUAAUUUUUAAGGUUGUAUUUUCCCUCUAAAAUUGUCUUUCGGAAAGUUAUAAGACGCAAAGUAAAAAAAUAAAGGAAUUUAUUUAAACAAGUAAAAACCAAGUCUUUAAAAUAUAUUCUGGGAUUUUCAAAUUCUGUUUAAGUUUUGUCUCUUUUAGAAUUAAAAAUGUCGAGCAAAGCAAGACCAGCUAGUAAAAAAAUACAAUUUAAAAAAUAGAGGCAGCUCACUGGUAAGUGCUGCUAUUUGAGCUAUUUUUAGAAAAGGCCAGCGGGUGACUCAUCUGGUCCUUACGGGCUACCUGGUUCCCGCGGGCACCGUGUUGGUGACCCCUGAAUUAGACUUAGGACAAACAUCCUGAAUAUUAGUUAUUUAUAGUAACUUGACAGGCAUUCUUUUCAUGAUGCUGUGCUUCCAGCUCAAAUAAACAUUGGAUGGUCCAUAUGGUUUCUUUCAUAUUUACAGUCAUAAUGGCCUUUUGUCUCAUUACUUUUGUGCAUACUAUUCAUUAAUAAGUCAUAUUUGUGCCCUCCUGUCCCUUAUUUUGCCUGACCGUCCAUUGAUAUUCCACUCCAUCUAGGAUAUGUACUGUUAUUCUUCAGAGGACAGUUCAAAUGUGGAUGUUAUGUGCUCAAACAGUGAUCAAAAGUCUGAUGUCCCACGGCCACGAAUUAGCAUCAAUCAAGUUAUGUACAGUAAAUAAUGACCAAACCAAUUUGUAAAUAUGUAAAGAGAUAUACUUGUUCUUACUGUUGGUUUGAAAUGUCAUAUAGGUAAAAAAAUAAAUAAUAAUAAUAACACUUGUAGAGAAUAAAAAAAUGUUGAUACAU